AUGUUGUAUUUGUUUGUGACAGUAUAUGAAAAUGGAAAAUCUUUAGUAAAAUCAGCAGUAGUUGGUAUUGAAGAGUUCAGAAAUUUUGAAGAUUUAUUAAAAACAGCACUACAUCGAAAAGAACUGUUUUUUGAAGAAAUGUUAGUUAAAAUUGAUUUUCAAUGUAAUGAUUCUUCAGUUUGGCAUCCUAUAUUAAGUGGCCUUGAUGAAGAUUUGGAAGCGUGUUCUCAAUUGAAGGCGCAGCAUGUCCGUUUUUCAAUAGAUUCAAUAAUAAAUCAUCCUGAUGAGUUGUUAGAUGAAAGAGUUUCAGCAUUGAUCUCAUGA